AAAUAUUAUCUCUGUUUAGUUUGUGGUGAAAAAAUCUAAUGUCGGUACACGAUAUAGAUUAAAUUUAUUUUAGGAUUUUGCACAUCUUGUAUAAAAUUUUGUUGAAAAAGCUAAAAUUUGAUAUUUUAGCUUUGAUACCAUAACGUAUAAUGAGUGGAUUAAAUAAAAUGGAUUCUCAUUUAACUGGGAUGUGGGUUAGCUUUUUCACCGCAGCUGGCAUUCCGUCGGACGUCAGUGCUACAUAUGCCCUAACGUUUACGGAGAACCGAAUCCAGAAUGAUAUGCUUCUGGACCUCAACAAGGAAUAUCUUCGAGACAUGGGCAUUACACGAAUGGGUGAUGUCAUUGCAAUUCUAAGACAUGCCAAACAAGUCCACGAGAACACAGCCCGAGACAGGGUUCUCAGCACGGCAGCCCCGAAAGUGCCCGUCGCCGCAGUCACCGGCAGAGCCACAGUCGCACAGCCAUCCUCACCGGCCUCCCGCAUGUUGGAGCACUACACGCGGCAGUCUCCCAGCUCCCCCUCACAGAGUAAUUCCGCACCACAAGCCAAGAGGAAACUUGCAGACACUGGGAUCCAAUCACAUGACAGCAACAUUAAGAAGUCUCGUCUAAUACGCUUCGCGUCCCCCCCGCAGCUUACUGUGAAAGAAGCAACUUCAAACAAAACCACAGUAUUUUCUCGGCUCGGUAACUCUGAGCUACCCAAAGCCGCGCCAGCGAAAGCCUCCGUCAAGCCGAUAUACGAGCGGCUCGGCUCCAAGCCCGCCGCGAAACCGCAGGACUCUGUCAUACCCGUCCCUAAAGACGCGCUGAAGUACGAAGGCAUACUGAAAAGUACAGCAGUAGUCAAGAAAGUAGUAACAGUCACCACAACGAAGAAUGAACGGAAAAUAGCCGUCGGGUGCACCAUGAGAGCGGACGAAACGCCGCUAAGCGCCAAAGAAAAAUUGGCGUUACCGAAAUCGAAAUCAGUGAAGUUCUCUAACCAAGUGCAGUACAAAGAAAUUGAAUCUAAUCAAAGUGUUGUCAAUAAAACAAAGGCUUUCGCGCCAAAAACAGGCGUAGUGUUCAACAAGCCGGAGAGGAGAUUGUCUAUGCCCGAACCGGAGGGAGUCAAGGCUAGGUUAGGUACAAAGAAUGCUAAUAAUUUCACUAUAACUAGGAACGUUUUUAAUAGGCUAGGUGAUCAUUAGGAGUGUUUUAGUUUUAAUAUGUGUUUUUUCGAACUUCAAUAAUGAUAUUAUCAGAUCUGCAUAAUGUUAAUUUGAUAUUUCUUGGUUUGUAUGGAAGACGCUGAAGUGAUUGUGCUUGGGUGAAUGUAUGUGACUCAACAGUUUUUUUCCUUGACAUGUUUCUUUAUAUAUUUUGAUGAUAAAUUACUUUUGAAUGUAUUUCAUUAUAAACAUUAUUUUUUAAAUUGUAAGGACAUUUCAAAUAAAAAAUGGUAACUGUUACCGGGCCUGUGAAAAUUAUCUGAUAAAUAAGGCAUCUACCUCAUCUUUAUGACUUUAUAAUCUAAAUGACAUUAAAAAGUAACUCUGAAGUCUACACUAUUUAUUGUGAUCAUGAUAUCAGAAAUCUACAAUAUACAAGUUUAUAUUUAUAUACAAGUUACAUUAUUGUUUCGUAUUUACCCUUAAUUUUGGGCGUGAAGAAACACACAAACAAAACAUUCGUAAAAAUGUAUAAGAAGAAAGUAGUAUCGAAAAGACUGAAACGUUCACCUGGAUGGCAGUUAUUAUAUAUGGUGCAUAAUACAGUUUUUUUUUUAAAGUUGCAAGUACUUUCAAUUUUAUUUUAUUUUAAAUGAAUGUGUGGUACUAAUGCAUUAAUUUUAUAAUUGUUAUGCUUAAGUUAGAAUAGUCAAAGGACAUGUGAAUGCAUGCCAAUAUAUUUAAUAGAGAAAUAACAUUGUAAAUAUUGUUUUU